AAAAACGGAGCGAAAAAUGGCUGAAAACAAGCACAAUCGGGAUGAUGUUCUCGAGUGUUCUAUAUGUAUGGAAACAUUCCGGAAACCAGUAACGCUACCCUGUCAGCACAGUUUUUGCAUGGAAUGCAUUGCUUUGUAUGUUGAUAAGUCCAACUGUGUACAUACAAAUGAGAUCUCGGGCAGCUCGGGGAAUGAGGACGUUCAUCGGCUGAUAGCAUGCCCUGUGUGUCGGGCACCGACUAAUCUGGGGAGAAAAGGUUUGGCUGGUCUGGCUCCCAACUUUCAUCUGGUAAAAAUUGUGGAGAGGUUUUCGUCUGCUGUGAAGGUUGAGGAUGACACCCCAUAUUGUUCCCUGUGUGAGGAGGAUAAUCAAGCUAAAGCUGUCAAGUUUUGUACCAAAUGUAGUGUGUUCUACUGUCAGGAAUGUCUUGCAAAUUACCAUCCAAUGAGGGGGCCUCUGAAACGUCACCGACUGAUUUCCCCCCUGGAGUACCUCUCCCAAGAAACCUCACAAGUUCAAGUCAGCAGAGACCACCAGUCGACUCAGCAAGGCACAUGUGCUAGGCACGGUCAGCCAUUCGGCUUGUACUGUGUACCGUGUCGGAUGGUGAUCUGUGUGGGAUGUGUGGUUGACCAUCCGAAACACGCUAUGCAAGAUAUAAAAUCUGCAGCUGAGAAUAACAAGCCAGCCCUUUUGAACAAGACUAGUCAACUGGAAAAAGUCUUACAAGAAACCAAAGAAUCACUGUCAGGAGCUAUGAGGCUGCACAAUAAGUUACAGGAAAAGCAGGAACUUCACACUCAGGAGGUAGAAAAAGCUUAUUGUGCAGCCUUGGAAGCUUUACAAGCCUGGAGGCAGCACUCUUUAGAUGGCAUAAAAACCCGCUAUUCACAGUGGAGUGUGGAGUCCUGCGCUAUACUCAAACAUUUCCAACUACAGGCCCAGGAAAUAGAGAGGAUGGUACAGGCUUCCAAAGAUUUAUUGGCGUCAAUGGACGUCGAGUUUUUACAGGGUUCCUCGGGCUUGACCAGAACACUUCAUGACCAGCUGAAUAAGAUUAAAGCAGAUAUGAAGAAAUAUGAGGCCAGCGAACAGAAGCUUCUAGAUUUUGUACAACGUGACCUUGUUGUCCCUAGACACGUGACAGUCAAAGAGAGAAUGACAGAAAGUCAGAACUUAGAAGCAGCAGUCGGUAGACAAAUGCCACGCCCACUUGUUACAAAGCCGACGCUGGUAUUCACGGGGACAAACGACAGUAAGCUGAGAAUUUCUGAUAGCGGCUCUGUAGUAGAGGGUGAGGGCUUGUCCCGGGCGAGAGCUGUGACAGACGGCCGUUGUCAGACGGGCAGGUACUACUGGGAGCUACAGAUCACCUGUUCACCUGGCUGUGUCUGUGGCUGUCAUGUAGGAGUUAGACAGGAAAGCUGUGAUGUGAUGGGGAGGACAGACCCUGGCCGUAACAUCUGGUGCAUUGUGAUGGAGUACCGUAGUGAUGAGGUCAGGUGUGGCAGUCACCGUAGUGGUGAAAUCAAACCUGACUAUCUACAGUGGAGACACUACACACGACCUCAUCACCUGGGUAUGUACCUGGACUGUGAUGACCACUCACUGACAGUCCUGGACUGUGACAACAAUCAGGUAAUGUACACUGUCAGUGAUGUUGUUGUCACAGAGCCUCUCGUGCCAUCGGUUGGGUUUGGUGUCAAGUCUGGAUCUGUGUCUGGAUAUGUGUCUGCUCGUCUGGUAACGGGUGACUCUGCAACUCUGCCUCAAUUUCUCUGUGACAUGAUAAACACUUCCUGACCUUCGGGUAAUUAUUCGUUACAUCUUUUCGAUCAUAUUAUAAUUUGUUUCAAAUAGACUGGUUAAUUAUGUCUGUUUAAACAAAUUUUUGCGUAUAGAUGUUUUAGAUAAGGUCAGCAGUGUGGCUAAUUCGGUAAUCUACCACAAGCUUUCAGCUUGGUGUAGUUGUACACAGUCUGUCUGACUUGUCCUUAACAUCAAUGUCAGUUUUCUUCAAAAUACAUUUAGACAAUAACUGAGUAGUUUUAUUUUUA